AUGGACGAGUCUUGGAUCCAUCAUUUCGAUCCUGAGACCAAACAGCAAUCCAUGACCUGGAAGCGAGCGUCGUCCCCUACACCGAAGAAAUUCAAGGUAGCAAGCUCCGCUGGUAAGGUCAUGGCUUCAGUGUUUUGGGAUGCUGAGGGAGUCAUAAUGAUCGAAUACCUGGAAAAGGGAACCACUAUUACGGGCUCCUACUACGCUGACCAAAUACGCAGAUUGAGAGAGGCAAUCAAAGAAAAGCGGCGGGGUAAACUUCGAGCUGGCAUCCUGUUUCACCAGGACAACGCACCGCCCCACAAGGCCGGUGUUGCGAUGGCUGCCAUCCGUGGUUCAGGGUUCGAAUUGCUGGAACACCCCCCAUAUUCGCCAGACCUAGCCCCCAGCGACUUUUAUCUCUUUCCACGGCUGAAGGAAGAUCUUAGAGGCAACAAAUUUUUGAAUGAUGGCGAGGUAAUGGCCGCUGUGGAGGCAUUUUUGGAGGGUCAAGAAAAAGAUUUUUUUUUAAAGGAAUUCGUAGUCUGGAGAAACGAUGGUCCAAGUGUGUAG